CUUCCGUAAACAUUUGAAUUAGGAAAUGUGGAAAAAGCCUCGCACAUUUUCAAAGUAUUUGUGUUUUCAAAUACUUUGAAAAUACAUGUAAAAAUUUACUUUAGCGAUUGUGAUGUACUUUGAAUUGUUUUUUGUGUUGGCUUGCUUAUCUAAAUGCUAUUGUUUGAACAAAGCGGACGAGCAGGAGCACUGCGAUCAGCUCAAACAGUGGCUAGAAUCAUCCUCUGUGUCCCUGGAGCUUAGCAAGAAGGGCUUCCACAGGGAGGUGACAACCACUGUUGAGCUCAGACCAAGCGCACUCAGUGGUGCCAGCGUUUUGCUGCUUUACAGAUGGCCGAAUGGCGUCUUUGUAGAUCCAUAUCAACUGGCAUCCCUAAGUGAUCAAAGCAACUUUGAGAUAUUGCUAGAUUCAGCCAUUGACCUCGAAGUGCCUGCUCACAAGACUUCUGGAUUUCUAACCUAUGUGUUUCCCUCCCAUACUGGAUCAGCUCCCAGUUUCCUAAAAUUAACAAUUCCAGUACACGGGCGCUAUCACGAGCCCUCUUUUGCUGGGGAAGCAUUCGCAUCUGUUCCCAUUGAACCUCCUGACCUGCUGCUGCGCACUGAAAAAUGCUCAGAUCUUCGCAGAUUUGAGUCUCAUUCUGUAGUGGACGCUCCAUGCACUGUCAGCAAUUCCAGCACAUGCUCAUGGGUGAAACAACCUCUGCAGCAGGAGUCCAGCACCGUCAGUGUCAUGUUACCGGUUGGUGACGGGUCAGCGACGAUGCUCGUCUGCGGUGGGACUCUUCUUGCCACUAUGGGCUGCUGUGUGGCGUUGUCUAAAUACAUGUUGAAACAUCGAAUCGUUUAAGCUGCAACAGUCAACAGGACUUGUUCUAAACGGGGUUAUAAUGUGGAGCAGUCGUGUCUGGGGCCAGGAUCAUCCUAGCUGCUUGCUGUAAAUGCAAAACAGAUCUGUAUCUGUUGUGAAAGAAUCCCAGGUAUCCACAUCUCAAACUCUCCCAGAGGAGCGUAAUGCGACUCAAUGUUUUUACAGAUUUUUUUCAAAUUCAUUUUUUGAUAUGAAAUUGAAGUUUCGCUCAGACAUUAUCAAAAGCUAACUUGUUGUUGUUUAAGCAGUUGGGAAACAGAAUUAAAGAAUGUUUAGAGCUACAAAGGAUGUUUUAGAUAAAUAAAAUAUGUAAAUCUUAUAUUUGCUUGUACAUGUCAGAAUAAUUGCUAACGUUGAUGACAUAAACAUGUGAAACAUAAAGGUGUGGAAUAGUAUAAUUUCAACUCAAACCCCUUAGAAGAGAUCUCCAGUUGUGAUGAAAUAUAUUUAAUUAUGUAAAACUUCAGUUUCAGCUUCAGUAUUUUUUUUUCCUAAGUGUUUUUUUGUUGUUGUUUUUUGGGGGAAAUUCAGUGUUUGAAGUGCUGAGUAUCUUUGUGUUGAACGGAUGAUCUAAUGCCUGGAGACCCCCCCUGAUGGCUAACUUUCCCCCUCACUCCAUUCAUUGGAAGCGUUGCCUCACUGCAGGGGCCAGGGCUGGGUCGGUAGUUCCGCUUCCCCCCUGCGCCAUAGCGGAGUUAUCCCAGGGCCGAAAAGACUGAUGAAAAGUUGGAACUGUAAAUAGUUGGACUCAGAUUUUUUUUUUUACCAAGGUGUUUGCGCA